AUGUGGUAUAUAGGAAUCUCAAUGGAGUGUUGAACUGUUGUUGUUUGGAUACACACUACGUUUGUGGUCAUAGAGUGAUGGAUUAGUAUUAUAUCGAUGGGUAACAAGAUUAGUUGUCAUCUUCCGUGGCGUAAGGACCAUGACGACGGUCCUGUUGAGGCUGCUCCGCCUCAAUCUAUUAUCAUGGACACUUCCACUAACAUAUUUGUGCGCCAAUUGAUCAAUAGUAUGGCUCAAGACAAUCCAUCUGCGGAGAACAAGAUGCUUUCAAUUGGUCGCAGUUCAUUAUCUGGUGUCCGUCCAAUGGGUGCGGCGGUAGCUGUUCCAAAGUCUGGGAUUAGUUUAGAAUUGAUGGGUAAUGAAAAGUUCAUGCUUUGCUUCCAAUACACUUCGAGGGCUCCUGCUACUGUUACAUUUUCCUUUAGACAGAAGCACAUGGGUCUGACCAACGGCAUUCCAUCAUUUUCUGAUCCCGAUUUACAAAUGGGACCUUAUACGCUUCCUGUUGGAUCAAAUCAGUCAUUUAGUCAGCCUACUGAUGAGAUCAUGAGGACAAAGGUUCUCACUCUUGAGUUCUGCUCAUUUCAGCGUGAGAAGGCCUUUGUACCUAUUUUGCUUACGUUUGACGCUCCUACUAUGGAUUAUGUAUUGUUUAUUAUGGGCGGUUUAGCUCACAAUGAAAUGAAUGGUAGUUGGGACUUUGUUGUUACUAAGCAGCGUGUUCGUCAAGGAACCUCUGGGUAUGAGUUACAGGAGGUGUAUGGUUUGAAUACAUCUGCUCUAAACUCCAGUGCUCCUGGAGACAGCGAUGAAGACAUUGGACGUCAGCGUCGUUGUGUCGUGUGUCUGACCAACAUGAAGGACACUGUAGUGAUGCCUUGCAGGCACAUGUGCUUAUGCCACGAAUGUGCUUCUUACAUGGUUAGCGAACAUCAGUUUUGUCCCAUGUGUCGUUCUGCAAUAUCGCAUAUAUGCCAUAUGUCACAAGUCAGCGGCAGCUAACUUUAUUUUACAUUACAUCCCACGUUUGGGCACUAUCGUAUAUUAACAUUGUUAGA